CUCCAAACUCUGGCUACAUUUUUCACUCAAAAUUCAAAAUGAUGAGCAAGAACUGGGUUUUCAUGGCGGUUACGGUUGCGUUCCUAGCGACAACAGUAAUGGCCCAAAGCAAUAUGCCAGAAACUGACGCUUUAGCUGCAACGCCGCUCAGAUAUAAUUAUUAUGAAGGACAAUGCGAAAGGGAUGUGGAGGAAAUGGUGUGGUCUACGAUGCAGAGGAUAGUGCUGAUGCAACACAGCGCACCCGCCCAACUCUUGCGCCUACUCUUCCAUGAUUGUUUCAUUGGGGGCUGUGAUGCAUCUGUUUUGCUUGCUGACAGUAGUAAGAAUGAGACUGUUGAACGUGAGGCAAUCCCAAAUCGGACGCUGAAAGGCUUCAAUUUCAUCGACAUGAUAAAGGAUGAAAUUGAGGAGGCAUGCUCUGGGGUGGUCUCUUGUUCUGAUAUCCUUGUCCUUGCAACAAGAGAUGGUGUCGUUCUGGCUGGUGGACCAUAUUAUCCCGUGUUAACGGGAAGAAGGGAUAGUAAGGAGUCACUUUUUGAUGUAGCCAUGGCUGAAAUUCCACGACCAAAUGGGAAUAUCAGCGAAACUCUUAGGCUAUUUUCCCUUAGAGGAUUUGAUGAGAGGGAAACAGUGGCACUCCUUGGAGGACAUAACAUUGGGAAGAUUGGUUGUGAAUUCAUUCGGCCAAGGCUCAGUAACUUUAUGGAGACAGGUUUGCAUGAUCUAACAAUUCCAUCUGACUUUCUUGAAGAGUUAAAGAGGAGUUGUCCAGAGAAUAACAGCACCAUCAACAAUAUGUUCAAUGAAAGUAUGAAACCUAGAUUUGAUUCGAAUGACACAGAAACUUAAGUAUUCUUUAACUCAUUAUGAUGGCCCUUCUUUCUACAAUAAUUAAACUAUGAACAUCAUAAUCAAGAUUUGUGUUGUUUUA